AUGGUUGCCUUUGCGGCAAUUUUCAUACGUAUUUUAACACAUACGAACGUAGCUACAAUUCCAUCAGCGAGCUUUAUCACAUAUCCGAACUUAAAUUAUAUAGGUUUAAAGUAUAACAAAAUUAAUAAAAUCGAACCAGGAGCUUUCAAAGGAUUAUCGAAACUAACGACUAUAGAUUUUACCGGUAACAAAUUACAAGUUAUUGAGAACAAUUUAUACGCUAAUUCGACAAAUUUACGCAAAUUGAAAUUUGAUAAAAAUUCAAUAACGUCAGUUAAGAAUCAAGCCUUUAAUGGAUUACAUAAAUUAUCUAUGCUUUCGUUCAGUAAUAAUCAACUUCGUGAAAUUCCUACUAUCGCAUUACAUCCUUUAAGCCAACUAAACACACUAAUAUUGGAUAAUAACCAAUUAUCGCGCAUUGAUGAUGAGAGCUUUAAACUACCGAAUUUGCAAGAACUGCGAUUGUUCCAUAAUUCCGUCAUGAAUAUCUCCGAUAGUGCAUUUAAAUGGAAUUCUAACCUUAAGUACUUAUAUUUAAGUAAAAACGAAAUUACUUCACUAAGUGCUGAAUUGUUUCAGAAUCUUAACAAUCUGCUAGCCUUAGAUAUAAGUAAUAACCAUAUCGCUAAAAUUUCGAACAAUAUUUUCGCCCCUAUGCGAAAUUUAAGAAGACUGAAUUUAUCUUACACUAAACUGACUUCAAUCACCAAGACAAGCUUCGGAUCUAUGCCUAACUUAAUUCAACUAAUUUUAACCAACAACGAAAUAUCGAGGAUCGAGGACGCAGCAUUUACGAAAAUGAAGAGCUUAACUGAAAUAUACUUGCAAGGAAAUAGGUUAACUACUGUCAAUUCAAAAGUUUUCAUCUCCUUAUCAACACUCCAAAAACUGGACAUAUCUAAUAACUGCCUGUAUGACAUCAAAAAUAGUGCCUUCAAAAAAUUGAACAAUCUGCACAGUCUAAAUAUGUUGAGGACCAAUGUUACAUGUGUGCACAAGGAUGCAUUUGUCAAAAUGCCAAAUUUAAAAACUCUAAUAAGUCAUUCAGCUGCUGUAUGUUGCAAUCUUCCGACUCAAAAAUCCUGUAAAGCUUAUUCUGGCAGCUGCGAAAAAGUGAAUCAAAAAUGCCAUAAUAACAUGCCAAAGCCGGCAUUAUGCCACGGCAGACCUUUAAAAAGUUUUUCCAAUGUCAGAUCAACAUCGGCCCCCAUGGUAUAUACUACAACGAACAAAAUUCAAACAAUCAUCAAGAUAGAACAAACAAGUGGAGCUUGGUCAAUCUUCGCUCGGUCUCAAGUUGACUUGAUUAUUUUAUCGGUUCUUUCGUCUUAUUUCCUGCAUAUGGUUUAA